AUGGCUGAGAGGGCAAGCUUCGGGGCUCAGAAGGUCUCGAGGCCACAGGGCUCACUCCCGCCAGAACCCAUCGACAUCAUUCGGACAAAAGCAAGAUCCAGAAGAGUCCGGAUCAAUGUGGGUGGGCUGGUCCAUGAGGUUCUGUGGAGAACCCUGGACCGACUGCCACGAACCCGUCUUGGGAAACUUAGAGACUGCAACACCCAUGAAACCUUAAUGGAGAUCUGUGAUGACUACAGUCUGAACGACAAUGAGUAUUUCUUUGAUAGGCACCCGGGUGCUUUUUCCUCCAUUUUAAACUUUUACCGGACGGGAAAGCUGCACAUGAUGGAAGAGAUGUGCGCUCUGUCUUUUGGUCAAGAGCUUGACUACUGGGGCAUUGAUGAGAUCUAUCUGGAGUCAUGCUGCCAGGCACGUUACCAUCAGAAGAAGGAACAGAUGAAUGAAGAACUGAGGAGGGAGGCUGAAACUCUCAGAGAGAAGGACGGAGAAGAGGUGGACACGGGAUGCUGUGCAGACAAAAGACAGAAGCUCUGGGAUUUGCUGGAGAAACCAAGUUCUUCUAUGGCCGCCAAGGUUCUGGCCAUAAUAUCAAUUCUGUUUAUUGUUCUCUCAACCAUUGCACUGUCACUAAAUACCCUGCCCGAAUUACAAGUGAUUGAUGAAUUCGGACAAUCUAACGACAAUCCAAACCUAGCCCACGUGGAAGCCAUUUGCAUCGCCUGGUUCACUAUGGAGUAUCUGCUUCGGUUUUUGUCUUCCCCCAACAAGUGGAAGUUCUUCAAAGGGCCUCUGAACGUCAUCGAUCUAUUGGCCAUUCUUCCCUAUUAUGUAACAAUAUUCCUAACUGAAUCCAACAAGAGCGUCCUCCAGUUCCAGAACGUGCGCAGGGUCGUUCAGAUCUUCCGAAUUAUGAGAAUUUUACGAAUUCUGAAACUCGCGAGGCACUCUACGGGACUUCAGUCUCUUGGGUUCACCCUCAAAAGAAGCUAUAAUGAACUCGGGCUGUUGAUAUUGUUUUUAGCUAUGGGGAUCAUGAUCUUCUCGAGUCUGGUAUUCUUUGCUGAGAAAGAUGAAGAUGCUACAAAAUUCACCAGUAUUCCCGCUUCGUUCUGGUGGGCAACAAUAACUAUGACAACUGUGGGUUAUGGGGACAUCUAUCCCCAAACGCUCCUGGGCAAAAUAGUGGGUGGUCUCUGUUGUAUUGCUGGCGUGCUGGUGAUCGCUCUCCCUAUCCCUAUUAUUGUGAAUAACUUCUCAGAGUUCUACAAAGAACAAAAGAGACAGGAGAAGGCUAUCAAACGCAGAGAGGCGCUUGAGAGGGCCAAGAGGAACGGAAGCAUCGUGUCCAUGAAUCUGAAAGAUGCCUUUGCUCGCAACAUGGAGCUAAUAGAUGUUGUGAUAGAAAAGAACGAGGAGAAAGGCUCAGACAAUCACAUUUCUCCCAGCAGGUGGAACUAUUUAAAGAGCUCCAACUCCGACUUGAGUUCCAAGCCGUGUGAAGCGAAAUAUCAAGAAAUAGGCCAGCUUAGUUCUCCAGAUCGAGGAUUCAAACGUAGUCCAAGCCCUCAACGCCUGAACGCGAAAUCCCUCGAACAAAUGUAUAACCAGAUGACGACUCCCGCACCUGUAAGCUGCGGUGGCCCUUCGGCUUCUAAAGGGGCCAGCGUUGAGAAAGAAGAUGGGAUGGAGAUGAAGGUGGUUCAGAGUGACCCUAUUCUGAAAGACAUCAGAAGCAUCUCCAGUGUCGACAGCUUCACCAGCUGCGCCACCGAUAUCAGCGAAGUGGAAAAAAGCGCACUGCUGCCCAAUAUUGUAGGAACGCAGGUGAGACAUCCACGUGCGCCUCCUCCGCUCGACCUAAGUCAGAUUAGCUCUCUGGACAGGUGGCAGCAAAGCAGCCCCUCGGCAAAGAAAGCAAAGCAGCCCACAAUCAUCAAGGAAGGCCUAUAUGAGUUCGUCCAGUGCAAACCCGAGACCACAUCACAGGGCGAGGAGAACCAAAGCUUUGAUCCCAGCGGUGAAACCGUGAGGAGCCCUCCGAGAGUUAAAGCAAAGGGACUCAAAGUGAACUUCACUGAAUCUCCAGACGAGGGCGCUUCCAACUUGAAUUUAGUCGUGACAGAUGACACAGCGACUCUGACACCCAAGCUAACAGCGUGCGACACAUCGCUGCUGGCAGGUUCUCCUCGGCACAGCCCGAGGUCCCCAGGGAAAGGCUUUGAAGGGGGCUCGGCAACAAGCUCUCCAGGUUACAGCCUGGGCUCUUCUGGAAGCCAAAGAGGGAGAAACCAUGUCGACAGAGCAGGUGUUACUCCCACUUCUCCUAAAAGCGCAGGAAACUGCACUUCACCCACGGUUGGUGCUGUUGAAGCAGAAGACACCAUUCAAAGUGGACAAAAGGUGGACAACCACCUCCUUUCCCCUGAUAUUCUCAAGUCGUCGGGGGACGGCGGACGGUCGCCGCCUUGUGAAACUAGCAUGUGAUGUACUGAUGUAUGUGGACGGAAAGGGGCAAACUGAAGUAGUGAAGAAGAUUUUCUUCUGUCUCAAUGUUAAUUAUUAAUGGGACUGCUUUUUUGCAGAGAUUGACUUUAUGAUCUUGAAAGAGGUCUGCUCCUGACUUUAAGAGCUUAGUGACAUUCAUUCAGAAAGUGGACGUGAAUGAACAAUACA